UUCAACAGAAAAUGGCAGUGCCCAUUAAAAUUUGACUGUUGCGAUUAAAAAAACAACAACAAAAAAACGUUUUAAUUCGUUAUAUUUUUAGCGGAAUGAAUAGACCAAAACAUCAUGUUCGUCAGUCAAUAUGUGGAACACGGGCACCAUAUAGAGAAGGGAGAAAACCCACCGCUGUUAAGGUUUAUACAGUGCACCACGAGUCCAAGUAUGUCCUGGUUCAGGGUGUGCCUGCAGUGGGUGCUGGGCAGGAGCUUGUUCGCUUGUUUGAGGCCCAGGGAGAAAUAGAAGAGCACCGAAUACUGGACAACUAUCCAGCUGAGCACUUCACUGAGACUCAUUUCAUCAAGUAUAAGAAAAUACAGUCUGCAAGAUUUGCUAAGAAAAAGCUUGACGACUGGUCAUUUUAUGGAGGCGUACUGCACGUUUGUUAUGUACCAGAGUAUGAAACGCUACAAGAAACAAGAGAGAAAUUGCAGGAGAGGCAUAGAGCAAUUGUCUAUAGGACAAAGAAAUAUGAGAGGGAUGGAACCUAUGAACUGUAUCAGCUGUCCUCAGGAGCUACAAAGGAAGGUACCAGCUCUGCCAGCAAUCAGGAAAACAGCACCUUGUAUGAAGUGCACACUGAGAGUGUAAAUGGUGGCGGAUAUAAAAUCCCCAUUGAAGAUAAUACUCAAUCUUUAGAUAAACCAGAAUACAUGACAUCACCUUCUCAUUAUGAAAACUUUCAGAGAGAUGAAAGAUUUUAUACCUCCAGUAGUGAUAUCAAUAUCACACCUAAUGAUAACAUUGCAAACAGAGAGUUUUCUGGUGGGUCUUUGUCAGACAUCACUGGUCGAAAUUUGCAAUUAAUGAGUACGUCCCACACUAUGGGAUCUGCAAAACAAGGAACAUUAAGACGUGUUUCAAAGCCUCAAUCAGAGGCAGUACUGCAAGCACAGGCAAUGCAGCUUUAUGGCUCGUUUGAUAGGAAGUCAAAUGUCCCUCCAGAGUCUGACAACAGUCCUGAAGAAGUUAGCGAACAGUCUCAGAAUGACGUAGACUUGUUUAAGAAUGGAAGUCAUGACCAGAGUGUUGUUAUGGGGACUGAUUCUUCGGUGAGAGCAAGUGCACAUAAAAGACCACAUCCUUCCUCAUCAGACAUUGUUGCAGACAAUAUUGUUGCAGCCUCUUCUGAUGAUGAAAGACUUUUAGCAAACCCUACAUUUUUCAGUGAAGGAUCUAAUAUAAUUGCAAGCAAAGGACAAGAGAAAAUGCCAGAUGAAGCUCUUGUGUUACCACCACCACCUAAACAGAGGAAAACCACCUUUAAAGCAAACAAUCAGUACAUAUAUACUCACGCCAGAGUUCCAACAGCGCAUGCGGUAUUCCCACCUGGGUUUGAUGCAAGACUUACUGAGCCUUCUGUUGGUGUCAAAACUGAAAAUACCAUUUACACUGACAAGGCACAGAAAAAUACCCAAAACACUGACAAGGCACAGAAGAACACUAAAAACACUGAUAUGACACAGAGAUUGACGAAUAAAACUAGUGAAGUGAGGGUUAUGGUAGUUGCUGGUAUGCAUGCAAAAUCACACAGCAGUGGAAGUAUAACUGAUACCUGUGACAAGCAAAGUGAACAAAAACAGACCUAUAAUUCUACCCUUUCUAUUGGGAAUUUGAACAAAAGUAAUCGUGCAGAAGGAGAUGUUUCUGCUAAGAACUCUUCAACAACUUUACCACAAUAUUCACAAAGCAAACCUGUUGCAGAAGAAGCAGGAAACAAAGCCAACACCAGUUUACGAUUCAUUCCACGACAGACCGUGAAGAAGCCUUCCCAAAGGCCCCCUAUGGUGAACUCCAGGGAAGAUGCAGUAGCAGUGGAAAUAAAGAUAAAUGCUUUCGUUCUUAAAGAUGUUCAGGGCCCUGUUGACGUGGUGAAAAACAGAAAGAAUCAAACACCUUCAGAGGUUUCUUUGAAUAAGACCAUGCUUGAAAUACGGAAAAAGGUUACAAGUGUCAUGAAAGUUCCGCAAACAAAAAACUAAUGACUGUGUUGCUCUAUUUAUAGACUCUUUCUAUACUAUCGGAUAUGUUUUGUAUUGUUACUCGCAAUUUUUAACCAGGUUUUCCGAAGGAAAAAACUGGUUAUUAGAUUGGCGAAUGCGGGCGGGCUGGCUGGCUGGCUGGCUGGCGGGCUGGCUGGCGGGCUGGCGGAACAAGCUUGUCCGGGCCAUAACUAUGUCGUUCAUUGUCAGAUUUUAAAAUCAUUUGGCACAUUUGUUCACCAUCAUUGGACGGUGUGUCGCGCGAAAUAAUUACGUCUAUAUCUCCAAGGUCAAGGUCACACUUUGAGUUCAAAGGUCAAAAAUGGCCAUAAAUGAGCUUGUCCGAGCCAUAACUAUGUCGUUCAUUGUCAGAUUUUAAAAUCAUUUGGCACAUUUGUUCACCAUCAUUGGACGGUGUGUCACGCGAAAUAAUUACGUCGAUAUCUCCAAGGUCAAGGUCACACUUUGAGUUCAAAGGUAAAAAAUAGCCAUAAAUGAGCUUGUCUGGGCUAUAACUAUGUCAUUCAUUAUGAUAUUUUAAAACCAUUUGGCACAUUUGUUCACCAUCAUGGGACGGUGUGUUGCACAAAAGAAUCACGUCAAUAUCUCCAAUGUCAAGGUCGCCACGACUAAAAAUAGAUUUAUUUUAAAACAAACUUACAAAGGGUGUUAAUUUUGUUUGUUCAUUUAAAAAGUUCAGUUUGAGUUGUCUCCCUUUAUCAGAUUUUUUUUCACAAUGAAAACCUGGUUUUGUGACAAUUUUGUCCCUUGUUUUUUAUUAGAUUGACACAGUCAGCAUGUACACAAGUUGUUAUGAUCUCAAACAAAAUCUAAUUUAGUAAAUUCUUGGUUUAUUACAAACGGGUAAGAACAAACAAUAUUUAGAUCAAGUUGAAAAAUAAUUUUUGUAGCCCUUUCUUUGAAAUCCCAGCUUAAUACAUGUGCUUAAAUUAUUGUCACAGAUUAGUCUGUGCGGUUCACACAGGCUUAUCAGAGUGCAGGAUCAACGGGGUUUACACACCUUCAGAAUGAAAACACACUGUUACGAACUUUAUUUUUGCAAAUAUCAUAAGUUAUUGAAAUAUGUUUGCAAUUUUUUUGCAGUUUGUGACGAUAUCUUACGAUUUUAGAAUACAUUAUUGAAAACGCCUGAAAUCGAUGCCAACUUUUCACGUUGCAUGCAGCACAACCGUGUAUAUGAAUUCAUAACACAUCGGGAUUACUUUAUCGAUUUUUGUGGCAUUGCAAUAAGCCUCAUAAAAAAGUUCGUAUACACUAGUGGAAAUUCUGUAGAAAAUUGGUUUUAGAAGUCAUUGGGAAAAAAUCCGAUAAAAGGACUAGCGCCCGGCCGAUGAUCGCACCGGGUCUUUAACACCGGUGUGUUUACACCGGUGUGUUUACAUCCAUUAACAUCGAUUUGCUUACCCCUUAAGUCACGUGACCCUGCAAACUGUUAUCUGGGACAUGACUUUCCAUCUUCAUGGCUUUUUUGUUUAGAGGAAGUCUCUUCUAAAAAUACAUUGUUUAAUGGCAAGUGUCGUCCCUUGGCGUGCAUUAAGUACAAAAACUCGACAGUCUGAAAAGUAUAUCAGUAAACUUAGCACAAAACACAACAGUCUUGCAAAAUAUAACACUAAAUACAGCACAAAAUCACGACAGUCUUGCAAAGUAUAACACUAAAUACAGCACAAAACUGGACAGUCUUGCAAAGGAUAACACUAAAUACAGCACAAAACACGACAGUCUUGCAAAGAAUAACACUAAAUACAGCACAAAAAAACACGACAGUCUUGCAAAGGAUAACACUAAAUACAGCACAAAACACGACAGUCUUGCAAAGUAUAACACUAAAAACAGCACAAAACACAACAGUCUUUCAAAGUAGAAACACUAAAUACAUCACAAACACAGGACAGUCUUUCAAUAUAUAACACUAAAAACAGCACAAAACACGACAGUCUUGCAAACACACUAGCCUAAAAAAGUCUUCUUUCUGCUGUAAUGUUGCUUUUGGAACUGCAUGGACGCACCGGAACACCGUCUUUGUACAGUGUGUCGUAGCUAAGCCACGCCCUCUUACGGUCAGCGCGGGCUUACUGGAAGAUAGGCAUCAAGCUUCUGCGACUGUCGACAACGUACAUAGCGAAUUGUUCACUGUCGUAGUUAUUGGUUCCUUAAAAGUUCCAGCUUGAUUUCCGCAUGGAGAUCUGUCUGUGAACAGUGCAAAUUUGCAACUAUUGAUCAUUUUCCUUUGUCAGGCGGGUUAUUUCGCUAUGUUGAAUAUACAGUAAUACUACAAUGCAUAUAUUAUUUUAUGAAUCCAUUACUUAUUUUCGGAAAAAUAUCAUUGUACCAAAGUUUUUUCAGAUCCAUAAAUGUGCUUAAUAAAGAUCUUUGUGCAUGUGUGUUUAAUCAUCUGCAUAGUUUUAUGGACAAUACUUUUAUCACAUAUGCGUAUACAUGUAUUAUAGAUGGCCAGAUACAUUGAGUGAGAUCAGAAAUAGCAAUACCAGGAAUAGUUACAGUUUAUGCAAAACAAAUACCGGUAAUCAUAAAUAUAGAUUGUCAAUAAUAUCAUUAUUACAAAUCUGUUAUGGAACAAAACCAUCUAAAUCAGCAAUAUAGAUCAGCAAUAUAAUUUGCAACAGUAUCCUUUAUGGAACUAAAAAUGCAAAUCAGCAAUAUAAUAACCACAAUAGAAUUAGCCAAUUGCAAUAGUAAUCACUAAUGGAACUAAGCAAUCAAAAUUUUCCAUAUAAUCAGCUAUGGAGUGAACAAUUGUAGUCAGUGAAAUUGAUAAUGGAAUCGAAGAUUGAAGUCAGGAAAGGAUUUAAAAUACAAAUAUCGUCGAUAGAUAAAUGUCAUUGUUAUGUCCAGUAAUUAUGAUUUGGAAAAUUUUCCGUAUUUUGAGUCAAUUAACUCAAUUUGUACCUCUUUUCAUCAAGAUAACUAAAUGCUAUUAUCUUCAAUGUACUUCAGUUAGCGUGAAAUAUUAAUGGUAUUUGAUUGUUAAGACAUACUUGUAAUGGUAUUUGAUUGUUAAGACAUACUUGUAAUGGUAUUUGAUUGUUAAGACAUACUUGUAAUGGUAUUUGAUUUGUUGGUUAAAUGAUUAAUUGGAAAAGGAAUGUAUUAAUGAUGACGUAUAGCAUUAUUGCUAACAAAAACACGGUUCUAUCAAAUAUUGACAUUCGGAUCGUAAAAGCCUAUUGUACUUUUUAAUUAAACGUUUCAAUGCCAUGGCCUCGGAUUGAUUUAAUGUCCAUCUUGUUUGUCGGUUAUGUUGGUGUUUUCGAUUAUUUUCAUAUAAGUGAAUACUUCUCGGCUCAGAGGUGGGGAUACCUCAAGCACGGUCCCGUACAUUUUAACCCAUUCUUAGACUUAAGAAAAAAGAAUUCAAGAGUUGAAACGAAGCAAAAUACGUGCAGUGUUUGAAUAUAUACAGGCUACCACUAAUGAGAAUGUACUUGACACAAUUUUCUACAUGAAGAAUGAUGUAGAUAGAGGCAGUUUAUGCCAAUUUUGACUGAAAAUUAAAUUGAAUCAUAUUCUUAGACUUAGGUCUAAACAUUGUUUGGUGAACACGGCCCGGUUUUAACCCGCAAUGUCUUGUAUUGCAUUUACGAUGCGUUUACUUAAGUUUUAUAAAUGUGUUUGUAUGUAGUGUUUGUUUGCUGUGUGUAAUUUUUUCAAUGUUUCACUUGUAUUAAACGAAAUAAUUUUA